AGAACCAUAAAUAUGAUGUGUUACCCAUUGAGAAAAUUGCAGACAUAGCUACGUAGUUCCACAGUUACGUUUCAUGAUGACAGCUCGCAAUAUAGAACAUUAAUGCGCAGACGCGAUGAUUCUCAGCGCCCUCAGUAUUCUCUGUUCUGGAAAGCGCAGUAAAAGCAGGUUAUUUCCAUAGACACAAGAUUGAGAAAAUAAAAUGUAAAUCCGAAAUGUGACACCCGAAGUAAAAGUAUAAAAUUCCUAUAAUAUAUAAUCAUUAAUUGUACUUGAUUAUAUAAAUGUGAAUAUUAUAUACUGAUGAUAAUUGCGUUAUUUUCUACAUAGUGCUUUAUUUUAUUCAACUUAUCUUUGAUGUAGUGUUGUGUAUUUACCAUGUGUAACAAAGAAAAUGGAUACAGUAAUUGUUUUGUAACACACAUUUGACUUACAAAAAUAUAUAAUUUAAUUAUAUACCUAAAAAAUAUUUUGUGAAAUUGAAGCGAAGUGUGAUGAAAUUUGAUUAAAAUAUCAGUGAAUCUCAAUAAUCUCAUGUGAAAACUGUGUAUAUUUUGCAUAUGUUGUUACAUCAUACCCAAAAAUGUCUGAGAAAAAAACCAUUGGAAGUAUUCCUGUGGAAUGUCUAACUGGAGAACCAGCUGCGAUAUGGUCUGGCUGGCGUAUUCUGGGAGACAGAGAACUUGUCAGAGAAGCUUCUGCUAAGGGAACUCACAUAAAGUUAGCUUAUAAGUGCCUUGCGUACAGAAGGCAAUGUAAUUUGGAUCAAGCGUGCAUUUACUUCAAUAAGGAAGUAGAAAUUUGGAUCAAUGAGCUCUUAAAUAAAAAACAAGUUUACAGAGCCUCACAUAUUCUAAAAAAUAUAGGAAAAAAUCCUGUAGAAUAUAUUUUCGCUGUUUCUACAAAGAGCAGGAAUCCACUUUUGAGAAACUAUUUGUGCGAGUACAUGAUGAAGAUUAACGGUUUCGAAGCUGAACACAUCGCAGCUUGGAAUAUUAUUAAAUGUAUUACACAGUAUGAAGAAAAAUACAAUUGCAGGGCCCAAAAUGGAUUAAGUUCUUGUAUAUGUAUAGAUGAUGUAAUGAAGUUACCACAAAAUAUCAAACAAGCCUUAUGCACUGAACUAUACUUUUCUCUAAGUAAUCCAAACAUCUUGGAAAACGUCUCGAGUACUACCUUAUGGAAUUAUUUAUUAUCUAAUAAUAAAGUCAACGAACUGAAGUUGUGGAUUGACACGAGAUAUCAUCCUGAUGCCUUGCAAAAUUCAGAUCAGAUUGAUCGAAGCUUAAAAUCAUUAUUUGUGAAUCUCAACAUUACAACCGACAUGAUUGAAUGUAUAGAUUCGUCAAAUGCUAGUGAUCUUGUAAAAGAUUUAGUAAAAAAUCAUUUAUGUAGAUAUGGAGUAUGUAUAAAAAAAGAAGAGGAUGAUUUGAAAUUAAUAUUAAGUCGCUUUUUUAGUUCCGGUAUUACAUUGGAAGAACUUAGUGAAACGGUUUUACCGCUAGCUUCCUGUAAUAUUCAUAAAACGGAAUUUCUGCAGACCGUUGAUCGACAGUUGUGCCUUACACAUUGCGCGCAGAAGUGCCAUACUCCAGAAGAGAACUCAAAAUUUGCCGAAUUAUACGAUGUAUUGACCGACAUGUGUAAUACUCAAAAUUGUCACGAAGAUGUGUUAAUACGUGGCAUCGUUAAAUCAAUUGAUUACAUCUCCGAUGACUUGGCCGACUAUCUGAAAGCGAAUUAUUUGAUAAGCUUCGCACUGAUAUUUUUGCAACUGUGGCGAAGAAGGAACAUGUUAUGCAACGAAACGAACAGUUUUGUUGAAAAUAGGUUAAUAAGAGACACAUUUGCAAAUCCGGAUGGUUUAAGUGUCAACGCACAUAUUAUUCCUCAGGAAGUUCUUCAGCAUACACUGACACGCGCACCUGCUCUGCAAUACAUCAUCGAAGACCGACCCAAGAAAACUGAAAUUACAGUGUACGAAUUAUUGGACGGCUAUAAAAAUCUGAACACGAAACUCUUGUUCAAAUGGCGUUUCAGAAGUGAACCCAUGCCCACUUUUGCCAGCGAGAAUCUUAUUAAGAAAUAUGGGUAUGAAGAAACGCUAACGUACGGCUAUUAUCUAAAAGAAGGCAGACCAAACAUGGCUGUGCAUAGUUUAAAACACGCUCAAGCUAAAUUACUCGGAAACGUCUCUUCCCAAAGGAAAUCCAAAGCGGCCUUAUACGCGCAUAUUCUUGCUUUGAAAAAUUUAGACAAGUCUGAUAUCGUGUGUGGUUGCAUCGCCUUUAUUGAAUUGCUGGGAGUUGAUUCGAGCAAUUUACGAUUGUACGUUACUGUGGCGAAAUAUGUGCAGGAGCAACUAAACAUUUCAAUAGGAAAUUUAUUAGAAAAUGUAAUAUAUAAGAAUCUACACGAUUUGAAGUCUGUGAUGUCUUAUCUAGAGCAAAGUUUCCAAAAACAUUUGCUAGAUGAUACUUUGACGAGCGAUGAUAUACAAUUUGUUGAAGCAUUGAGAACAUGGGACAUUAUUGUACGCUUCGCGCGUGUUCACAAUAGCACACUGCCCAGUAUAUUACUGAAAUAUUUAGCAAAUCAUGAUUUAUGGUUCGAGUUCGUCACAGUCAGCCAAAUAUUCGCUUACCCCACGAAACAGGUAUUAGAAAACGCCAAGUUGUUUGACAACGCAAGCAUACGGGAACAUUUGCUAACGUGCUUGAGCAACAGCAAGCUCAGUAAAGCCCAACCAUGUAACGAACUGAAACUGAAAUCACGCGACUCAAGGCACUCGUUGUACAACAAACCGGAGCAAAAUGAUUCUCCAACGUCAACUGUAUCUGGGACUGACAUAAACAACCCCGAGGCAACUGAUGCAGAACAUGCCACUGGCAGUCACCUUUCGUCUUUUAAGGACAAUGAUUUAUGGUUAACUAUACUAAAUUGUCACCAAAGUCAAGACCCGCCUGGAAAUUUGAUCAAUGCGUCUCGUUCGACUCUCAAUCCCAUACUGACUAUCUUGGCUACGUGUUACGAGCCAUCCUCAGUAGCGGCGUAUUGUUAUUGUUGGAUGGUGAUAUCAACAGGGAGGGAUGACGUACUCCUCGAUUACGAAGAAUGUCUGGAGCAACAAAUAUGGCCUGCCAAUAAAGUAGCAGAAUUGCUGAGUAAAAUGAUUCAGUUUGGUUACACCAAGACGCUUAACAGAGCUUAUAAGAUUUUCAUGCCCGACAGCGUUUUGAACCCGUUCUUCGAGUUUCUGGCACAGGCAAUCACUUACGGCGAAUUUAAGGAGAGUCAACAGCACUUGUCGGAAUUCAAGUCGCAAUGUUCCUCACUUAAAUGCAAUAGGAUUAUGGACUGGUCGAGUGUCGAUUUGACAUACUUCAAGAACUUGUAUUGGGUCGCGAUCGUUGCCACCAAAUGCAUUGUUACAGCGCUCGGCUAUGGCUUUCAGAGUACACCGUUACGUGUAAAGCUCCUCGAAACAUUAAUUAAGUGUAAUUUUUCUACGGACUUACCCGUUAAGAUACCGGAUUUUCAAUGUUUGUUGGAUAUAACGAGAAUCUUACAGAAAACCGACGUGACGUUAAAUUUUGCCGCUGUCGUCGUAGUCGAUAAUGUGUAUAAUUUUGACACGGAAAUUCAGAGAUGCAUCAGCAAUUUAGUGGCGAUCGAGAAUUAUAGCACUGCCUUGGAAUUGUCGUGCACCGCUGGAUUGCACGCAUCUGAAAUCAUAUUAGCGCAAUCCCGGAAAAAUUUUAAAGAAUCCAUAAAUAGAGAUGGCCAAGUAAAUUCUGCAUUCUGGAUGCAGUGCGCUCAGGAUUUCAAUAAGUACAACGUUCCUCCUCAAGUGGCGGUCGAAUUUUUUGUCGGACAUGCCGAGAAAGUUAUAUCGCACAAAGAGAGAUACGAGGUUUUAAAGUUAGCCUAUGAGACUUUGAAAAAUACCGAAAUCGAGCGACAAACCAUCGAUACACUGGAGAUGGCCAUGUGGAAAUCAUGUAUCUUGGCCGGGCCUGAAAAUAUACAGUUCGAUUGUAAUAAUAACAUUUUUAAUAAAUUAAAAACCGAAUUACUCUCCGGCCUGGACAAAUUGGAAGUGGCUUGCUCACUGGACGACGAAAAUGAAAAGGAUUCCGCGGAAAUUUUAAUCAAUCGACUGAUUGAAUUGGGCCAAUUGGAUAUUGCUUUACGAAUAAGCGUGAUUUUUAAUUACAACCAUAAAGAUUUACAAAUAUUAAUGCUGUGCCUAAGUUUAGCGGAGGGUGAAAUUUCACCGGCAAAGUUGACCGCACAGCAAAGGAGUUUCUUAGAAGAAGCUAAAAGCAAACAACAAAAACAUGGCACUUUACGCAAUCGUGGCCUGCAGAGGUUAUCCUCAUCAUCAUCUCUAAAUUCAAUUGGGGAAGCCAGUAAAUCGAAUGAUUCAAAGGUUAUCAGCAGCCACCAACACCAAAUGGAAUAUAUUUCAACCUUGGAAAAAUUAUCGGAAACUCUUCAACAUGGAAAUACGAUAUGUACGAGAAUUAUUUCAUGUUAUAAGCUCGCUGUGCGUCUGAAAAAGACUUAUCAAUCACUGCUGAUGCUGAACAAUCCUAUCAAGUUCCUACAAGAUAUUACGGAAAGUCAUGUCGAGAAUAAAUGUGAGAUCGCUAAUAACAUAAUAACGUCUUACAAGAUCAAGACGGAAGAUGUUGCGAUAUUCCUCACUGAAAAUAUCAUCGUGCACAUUACUCGCGCCAUAGAAGAUGGAUCAGAAGACUUUAUCUCUAUGUGGGGAUAUCCUAUAAAUACACAUUUCCACUUAAUAAUGGAGCUUUGCAGCGAUACCUCGUUAUUAGGUUUAAAAUUGCUACAGGCAGCACAGUCAUUGCUAGGGAGAUACGUUAGUUCUCAUGAUGAGAAAAAAAAUGUAUCAACGUUGAAAACAAUAGUGGAAUUAUUGAUAAGAUCCCAUGAUUGCUUCACGGCUUCCUGCAACAUGGAAGGAAUAGCGUCCGUAUUACGAAAGUGUCAAAACCUCGCGAACACGUUACAAAUCUUGAAACAUUGGGCAUUAUUGGUGCGUCUAGUAACCGGCGUUGGCCGAUUUACCGAGAUGAAUUACAUAUUUCAAAUCUUGAAAGAAAAUGAUCAUUUCGAGUUCCUACUGGGAAAAGGUUUGGACAAGAUACCGGGUCUAAAAAUGGCACUGCUGGAAUUCUUGAAGCGUCAGAGUCCGGAAGAUAAAGAGCUGUUUACGUUGGUGGCGCUCCAUUUUCGUUUGUAUUAUGAGAUCGCGCUCAUGUGGGAAAAUGAAGCGAAGGAAAUAAUUACAAAGCUGAUUUCCGAUGCGUCGAAGGAGUGUGGAAGAAGCAUGACCGAUGUUCCCGCGGAAGUCAAAUUGACUCGAAAUGAUAACGUCCAAAAGCAACUGCAAUUAGUUGUGACUAACUUUACUCAUGCCACGCAAUAUUACUUGCAGGAUAACAAAUUAAAUCUCGCUAGUCGGUGCUCUCAUCAGGCUCAACUCGUCGCCCUUCAAAUCGCACUGUUGAACGCAGUGCCGCAAAAUCAGCAAGCGAUUUGCCUCCUAAAUCUGAAAGGCGACGAUUUGGACAGGAUAUCGUCGCAAAUCUUGAACUUUCCUCAGACACUCAUCGUUAUACGCGCUUAUAACUACCAUGUGGAUUGGGCGAAUCUCAUUUAUCAUCACUGCGUCCUCGGAGGAGAUAUAAAAUAUCUUAAAGAGUUCAUGACGGUAAACAGCCUGACGCCUGCGAUUGUGCAAGAUUGUACACGCAGGUACAGAUUGGAAAAGAAUAUGAAUCAUUCCAUGACGAACAAUAUAAGAGCUCUGGUGCGUGAAUUAACAGACGUCGAGUGUAAAUACAUGCUAGCUAGUCAGCUCGGAUUUAAGAGUAUCGCGGAAGAAAUGCACAACGAUCCUACAAUCGGUUCUUAUUUGAAAGAUACGAUCUGGAAAAAAGGAUACAAUGCUCCAUGAUUGAAACGUCACUUGUCGCUCGGAGGAAUUCUAAGUAAUUCUGGUCUGAUAAGAAAUACCGCAGACCUCAGUGCUAUGACAAACUGUGUUACAAACUCACCCAUUGUUACCGCAAGCAAUAUGAAAAUGUACAUGUUCAUGUUUCAUUAUUUUCUUAUCAAUAAACAGUAUUUUUUAUAUUAUAUCCUA